GCGUGUUGUGACGACGACAGACGCGAAUCUCCGCAAAAUAAAAUGGACGUAACCAAAUUCAUAAGCAUGGUGUACGCAAACAAGUGUUUGUGGGAUCAAAGUGAUGCGACAUAUCUUCUGCGUGACCAUCAGAACAAGGCAUGGCGACAGAUAUCGGAAGAAAUAGGAUCACCCAUUCCAGAUUUAAAAAGAAAAUGGCGCGGACUUCGUGAUACUUUUGUCAAAGAACUCAGAAAACUAAAGAGUAGCCAGUCUGAUCCCAGCACUGAUGUUAAACCAGAAUCCAAAUGGGCUUAUUUUAAAAAUCUCUUGUUUCUUUACAACACGAUUAAUAGGAAAGACCUUAAAGUACUUGAGAUAGAAUUUGUGGGACAAGGGGAACAGGUCCCGGAGAGGGCAAAGAGGAAAAGGCACAGAAGGAGUUCGUCUAAUGAAGUUGACCAGACUCUUCUAGAAAUUGAACACGAGAAAUUUAGACUAUACCAACAAAACGUCAAUGAUCCUGAUGCCCAGUUUCUAAUGAGUUUGCUUCCAUUCUUAAAAGAUGUUCCAAAACAUCGUAAGUUAAUAGUACGGACUAAGUUACACGAAGUUCUUAUUAAUGAAGAGUCUGCUUUCGCAUCUUCAGCUCAGAUCGAGGAUUCAGAACAGGAUGACACCAGUAAUUCGUCCGAGGAUUAAAUAAAACUAUAACACACCGCCUUAAAGAUUAGGGAGUUUAAGAAAUACAGUAUUACUUAUAGUAAAUAUAAUUUAUACGC